CCUCUCUCUCUCUCUCUCUCGCUCACAUCUCUCUCUUUCUAAAGUUGCCUCUUUUGCAAUCUCUCCGGAAUUCUCCCAUGGCAGAACGUUCGAACGUUCCCAAAUUUGGAAACUGGGAAGGUGAGGAGAAUGUUCCUUACACAGCUUACUUCGAGAAAGCCCGUAAAGGUCGAGCACCCGGCGGCAGAGUAACGAACCCGAACGACCCGGAGUAUUACUCGGAUUCACAGUCUCAAGCUCCUCUUCCUCCUUCAAGAACCAAACCUGAUGAAGUUGACCCGGUUAGAAGAUCGCGUGAGCAGACGAGAAGCCGAGAUGAGAGCGAGUUGAAACUGUCAUCAAACGACAAAAGACAAGGAAGGGCUUCUCAGAACAAUAGCUAUGAGAAGUCCCCCUUGCAUAAGAAUUCGUAUGAUGGCACUGGUAGACCAAAGCCCAAACCAAACCUUAGAGCUGAUGAAAGCCCUGAAAAAGUCACAGUGGUGCCAAAAUUCGGAGACUGGGACGAGAACAACCCGGCGUCAGCUGAUGGAUACACACACAUUUUCAACAAAGUCCGUGAAGAGAGAAGCUCUGCAGCAGCCAAUGUGAGUGGAUCUUCAAGAACGCCUACUCACCCGAGCAAUAGCCCUUCCAACGCUUCUAAAUGUUGCUGCUUUGGCUUUGGAGGAAAGUGAAAGGGAAACGUUUGGGGAAGAUUGUAUAUAGUUAUCGAGAAAUCGGCGUGUUGUUGUAAUCUUAAUGGUCAGACGUGUUCGAGCUUCUUCAUAAGGAAUAAGAGGCAUAAGUCCCACUUGCAUAAGAUAGUAGUAUAGCUUCUCUAUGUGUAUUGUAUGUUUUGUAGUUUUUCAUUUUACUUAUGGUGUUUCCGUGCUACACAUUCCAGUUUUGGACCUGCUUGCAGAUUCAUUAUAUCUUGGUACGGCCUGGCCAAUUCGGUAAUCGAUUUGGUUGGAAACUGAGAGAUCUUUGGGUACUUUUCAAGUUUCUUCUUGUUGUUUCUCCAAUUUUUAUUUUUGCCUUCAAGGAGUAACCUUGCAGCAAUAUCGAAUUCUAAUACGCUUAAUAAGGCAAAGCCUAUUUAUAACAUCA